AUGCCUGAUGGUGUACUCCCAAGACAAAUUGAUAUUACAAUAGCAUAUUUUACAAUUUCGAAAAAAACAGUUAUAAAAACAAUUAAAUACAAGCCUGUAUGCCAUGAAUAUCUUUCCCAAACAAAACAAAAUGCUUUGACUCUAGUUCGAAAAAUAGAGCCAUCAAAACGAAAAAUAAAACCACCCUCCCAACCCCUUUUGGACCUUGAAUUCGGAGAAAGCUCCGAUGAUAGUGAUUUUAAUAUUGAUGAUAUACAUCAAGGAAGUGAUGAUGAUGAUGAUUCUUCAGUUACUGAUGAUGAAAAUGGUACGGACAAAAGUUCUUUAAGUGAUGAUGAUGAUGAUGAUGAUGAUGAAGAAGACGAGGAGGAAGAAGAGGAAUGUGAAAAAAAAGAUGUAAUUUCAAACGAUUUGAAUUUAAUAAAUAAAUCAGAAGUUAAAACGGAAAAAAGCCUUCGAGAUUUAUUGGAAAAAGUAGAACCGCACCAAGUUGAAAAUAAAUUAUUAAAAGCAGCCGAGGGUGUUAUGAUAUGUUGCGCUUGUUUGGGAGACAAAAGCGAUCACAUAAACGAAAUAGUCGAAUGCGAUUCCUGUGGGGUUACCGUUCACGAAGGUUGUUACGGUAUUUCCGAUUCUUUAAGCGUCAGCAGUUCCGAAUCUCUUUGUCCGACCGAACCUUGGUUUUGCGAAGCAUGCAGGGCAGGAGUGGUAAAUCCAUCUUGCGAAUUAUGUCCCAAUAAGGGUGGAAUUUUUAAAGCGACAGAUGUUGGAAGAUGGGUUCAUUUGGUUUGUGCUUUAUACGUUCCCGGAGUUGCUUUCGGUGAAGUCGAAGGUUUAACGAACGUCACUCUCUUCGAAAUGCCCUACAGCAAAUGGGGAGCCAAAUCAUGCGUUUUGUGCGAAGAUCACAGAUUAGCCAGCACGGGAAUAAAUAUCGGUUGUGAUGCCGGAAUGUGCAGAACUUAUUUCCACGUAACUUGUGCUCAAAGAGAAGGAUUACUUUCGGAAGCUCACUCCGAAGAAGUUGAUCAAGCAGAUCCUUUUUAUGCUCAUUGUAAAUUACAUACGGAUAAAACUUUGAUGAAACGAAGGAAACGAAAUUAUAUUGUCAUGCAAUACAAGACUAAAAAAAAAACAUGCGAUAAUUCGGACGGUGAAAAGUCUAACGCGACCGCGGAAGCACUAAGAGUACAACGAAAACUAGCAAAAAAAAGGGCCAAAUAUUUGGCGUUAAAAAAAAAUUCACCAACUCCUUGGGUUCCGACGCAAAAAAUGCCUCGAUUACUCACGACGAGUGCUUCCGUAUGUAGGGAACUAUGGAGAAAAGCCGAACUCAUGGGUAUCGAUUCGGAUGCAUUGGAAGCCAAAGAAAGUCGAGUGGCAGUUUUGACAGAUAUUAAUAAAAAAUGGCACGUACCUCCCGCUUUCAGUUACGAAUUCACGGGUUAUUUUUUAGACAGAAACAAUCGGAUUCCGGCAAUGAAAAAAAAUUUGGAAAAUCUCCUGUUGGAAAAUGGAAAAUUGUCGGGAGAACAAGAAGAUUUGAAGAAAAAGUACGAUCAGGCAUUGAUGAAUAAACAAGAGGUUGAAAAUUUCAACGUCAAAUUGAAAAAGAUUUUGGAAAAGUUUCACUCGUUUGUUCAAUUCGUGGCUCCCAACAAACGUUUGCCCGUCGUUUCGGAAAAUUUAGUAAAUCAACCCCGAACAUCUCAUCCCUUAUCUACCAUGUCGGUACCCACUGCAGCCGCUUUGAAAGCUGGCGUCGGUUACCCGAUCGCGAGAACGAAUUAUAAAGGACAAUUACAAACGGAACCGAAAGUUAUCAAUAAGCAAGAACAGGUUCCUCCUUUAACUUCUUUCGAAUGCGGUAUUUGUCGUUCUAAUCUCAAUCAACACCUCCUGGCAAAAUGCGAUACCUGUCAUUUUCAUUAUCAUUUGGGAUGUCUGACUCCGCCCCUGUCGAGAAUGCCCAAAAAGACGAAACUCAUGGGAUGGCAAUGUUCCGAAUGCGAUCAAGAAUCUGGAAAUUCAAAUAUGGAGGAUAUCGAAGGACCGAGAAAAUUAAGACGAAGUAAAGAAGAUUCUAAAAACGUCGCGGACGCGUCAUCGGAUUUCAUCGAGGGGAAAUGGUCCGUGUCGAAAAUAAAAAGGGAGAAAAAGAGAAAGAAGGAAGAACAUCCGGGAAGAUAUUCUCCCGAGUUUUUAGGAACGAGAAAACACAAGAAGAAGAAAAAAAAUUUAAAAAUUGACAAUCUUCCAAGGAUUAAAAUAAAAAUAAAAGCGAUACCCAAUCCAAUGGGUGAAGGUGUAUCGUCGGAAAAUACUCAAAUGUUUGUGGCAUCUUCUUCCGAUAUAGAAUCGGAUCCUUUAAUAAAAGACCAAGAAUCUAAUUUUACGCCAUUUAAAUCGCAAAUUCCAAACGUCGUCACUCAGUGCGACACUUGCGGUAAUUUCGACGACAAUAAAAAUUUAGUCAUGUGUGACGAAUGUCAGAAAAGUUUUCAUUUUGGAUGUCUCGAUCCCCCGUUGAAAAAAUCACCCAAAAUGAGAGGAUAUUCUUGGCAUUGUGCUGAUUGCGAUCCAACCGAUUCCGAUCAUAAGUGA